ACUAAAAUAGUAUGCAAAAUAUAAAUAUGUAACAAAAUGUAAAGCCAUAGGCUAUGGGAAUCCUACCCAACCCUUCCUGGAUGAAUGUAAUGACUCAUAGUUUCCUUUACUUCAUGUAAUCAUUUUCUAUAUGAUGUGACCAGUUAAAUAGUUGCGCUUCUCUAUUCUAUUUAUAACUGAAACGUCACGCCUUGUCUUCCAAGGCAUUGCACACAUUCAUGUCAAUAGGAACUCUAGUUGGUGUUUCAGAGUCCCUCUAGUGGCGAUUCUUUCCUCCUGCAGUUUUUACCGAGGACAUGUUCUUACAUGUCUGAGGAGGCAAUGUCUAGGCAUAUCCCGGCCACUGCCACGUGACAGUGAGUCAUGGCUGCUCAGUACAAAUACAGUCCCGGCAGCAGCAGCAACAGUCAGCUGCUGUGGUGUGGUGUGGUGUGGUGUGGUCACUGAGGAAGACUAAAACAAUGUGUCGAAUGAUGGUGAGUCAAAAGCUCAUCCCAAGACGUCAGGGGAGCGGCACCGCACGACGGAACCUGUUCGGCCCGGUCAACCACAAGCAGUUGCACGUGUUCUUCCGGACUGAAAUGAGGAAAGACCUGGAGGAGGCGUCGCGGCGCUGGAGCUACGACUUCAUUGCCGACAAGCCUCUGGAGAGCGGCCAUUUCCACUGGGAGAGUGUCCCGGGCACCACGGUGCCGCGGCUUUUCAGGGCCGGUGUGAUCGCUCAGACGAAAGGUCAAAGGGCGGCAGUCGGUCCCAAGAAAAGAAGAGCGGCGACGUCACCAAAGUGCGAGAAGGAGAACUUCCCUGAAUACGCGUUGGAAAGAUGUCCUCUGGACGUGGAGAAAACACCAGAGAAGGAAGAAAAAGUCGGGCUCAGAAGGAAACAAACUAACAUUACAGAUUUCUAUCAGGCAAAACGAAGAGUGGUUGGAACGCAGAGUAAAUCUGUGGAGUGAAUCCUUCAGCAGUCCCUGAUGGAGUGCCAAUAUUCCAUCACUCAGAAGGGACCUCAACACCUUGUCUUCACGGUUCAUUAGACAAACUUUAUUGAUCCACAAGGGAAAUUGUUCAAAAUUAGGGUGCUUUUUUUUGAAGGGGAGGAAGAUUGAACGGGUGGUUUAGGUUUUCCAAGUUGGUAAGAAGUUGACAUUUGAUCUGGGGAGAUUACCGUUAAUCUCCUCAAUGGUGGAUUUAUACUCAUUUGGAUCAAGCGGGUGUCCAAGUGUCGACUGAAUUAUUCCAUCUGUGCAUUCCGCAACUCAGUGGUGGACAAUACUUAAGAUGAACAAUAAUAAUACUUGAAACACCUCAGAGUUCAUAACAGUCUUCCUCGAGGAAUGUCAUCCAUUGAAGAUGGAAGGUCCUCUUGACUAACAGGAGUCCACUUUUUGUUGUUGGGGAAUGAGUCAUUUUAAUGUUAACUCGACAUAAGCACUUCCUUUCCAAAGUAUAUUUACCUUUUACAGCUCGGGAUAUUUCUGUGUGGAGGUUGCAUGUUCUCCCCGUUACUGCGUGUGUUCCCUCUGGGUACUCCGGCUUCCUUCCACCUCCAAAGACAUGCAUCUGGGGAUAGGUUAAUUGGUAACACUAAAUUGGCCCUAGACAUGCACCUGGGGAUAGGUUGAUUGGUAACACUAAAUUGGCCCUAGACAUGCACCUGGGAUAUAGGUUGAUUGGUAACACUAAAUUGGCCCUAGACAUGCACCUGGGGAUAGGUUGAUUGGUAACACUAAAUUGGCCCUAGACAUGCACCUGGGGAUAGGUUGAUUGGUAACACUAAAUUGGCCCUAGACAUGCACCUGGGGAUAGGUUGAUUGGUAACACUAAAUUGGCCCUAGACAUGCACCUGGGGAUAGGUUGAUUGGUAACACUAAAUUGGCCCUAGACAUGCACCUGGGGAUAGGUUGAUUGGUAACACUAAAUUAGCCCUAGUGUGAGAGUGAGUGUGAAUGUUGUCUGUCUAUCUGUGUUGGCCCUGUGAUGAGGUGGCGCCUUGUCCAGGGUGUACCCCGCCUUCCACCCGAAUGCAGCUGAGAUAGGCUCCAGCACCCCCGUGACCCCGAACGGGAUAAGCGGUAGAAAAUGGAUGGCUGGAUAUCCACACGCACCACCAAUUCACAGGAAUAACACUUAGAAGAGUUCUAAUGUGCUAAAUUUAGAUUAGACACGGGUGCCAUCAUGUUGUCUUCUGUCUUGUGCACUGAACGGUUAACACAGUUGAACACAUGUACAAAAUGUAUGUAUAUAUAUAUAUAUAUAUAUAUAUAUAUAUAUAUAUAUAUGAUAUAGAUAUUAGUUUUAUAGUAUAUAGUUUAUCACUGCAUUGUAAAGUAGCAUUGAUGAAUAGUAAACCCAUUGCAGUAUUGCACAUGCACACAUCCAGCAUUAGUGUUUUCACAUGCAGUAAUUUAAGCGCUUAAUGGUGUACCACCUGUAACAAUCAUGCAGUGCAUCAGACUUCAUUGUGAUCUGCCUCAAAUGUUUGUCUCAUCAUGGAUCCUACGUAUGCUCCUGCUGCUGUGGCUGAGCAGAACAUGUUCAACACGGCGACUGAAACGCUAAUCAUGACAAACUGAUGUGCACAGCUGUUUUAUGUGUAAAGCUACAAAAUGAAAAAUAUAUUUAUUGUCCCAUGCCUUGUUGAUUUACUUUGUUAUGAAAUUAAAUUAAAGUGUCAGAAUUUG